UUGACACAUGAGAUUACAUUCUGCAUGGAGCGGAACACUUAAGAUGCGGAUUAAAAAACAUCAACAAUGAAAAGAUUUCGGUCCUUAUGCAGCUCUCUGGGCAAAUCAGCUAAAUUGUUCCCACUGAUAUGUAGCGGAUAGUGGGAGUUUUAUAAAGAAAACUAUAUUGGACCUCUAGGAGGACACCAGUAUGGCGCAAGGAUGGAAUGCACUCCAGCAAGCCCAGAUUCCAUCUAACCAGAGCCCAGAAACCUCUAUAGGAACUGUAAUGGAAUCAGAGGAGAGCUUUGCUCAAAAAAUAGAACAAUUAAUUGAGAAGGAGAACCUUUCAGGCAUAAUGGAUUUGAAAGACAUUGCCGGAUAUGACCUGAAUGAAUUGAACACAGAGUCUGGUUCUCCCCAGAAUGUUUGCUGUGAAUCAUCUUUGCAUGGGGAAAUUAAUUCAGCUAACAAUAAACAAGUAAUGUCAAGGGAUAAAGAAGAAUGUAAUGGUUACAUGACACCAUGUCACUGGUCUAACUCAGGAGAGGUAGAGUCUACAUUAGAGGCACAUUCUGACAGGGAAGUAUCAAUACCACCUUUGACAGAUGCCAAUCUUGUGGAUUAUUCAGAUAUUAGCAGUUGCUCUGAAAUGGAAGCAAAUCUUGAUUGCAAUUUGAGUUCUUCCAUUGAAGUUAACCUGGGUGGCCACCAGCCUGGUCAGUCUUUGGAGGAAGGAGAAAAUUCAGACAAUACAGUGCACUAUUCUGAUGUAUGCUAUAAUACUGGGGAAGAAAAUAUCAAUGAAACAAAUCAACAGCAAGACACUGGUGGAAGUGGACAUCCAAUAACCACAUAUGAAAGCAUAGUAGAAAAUGUCAACCGUAAGAGUGAGGGUUGGAGAGAGGGGGCAUGUCUCACAAAUUUUGAGGAUCAGUGUGUAGAAGUUCAAACCAUGGAUGAUUUCAAUAGUGUAGUCCCUUUGUCAAAGGAAGAGCAAAUUGGGGAGAGAGACAUUCUUGCUCAUGAUUUGGGAUGUUCUGUGGAUGAAACCAUGGUGCUUUGCAAAGAACUUGGUACUCCUCAGGAUGGUUCCACUUGUUCCCACUUGAGUAAUGCAAUAAAGACCCCAUCCAAUUCAAAAGGAGAUGAAAACAAUUGCUCAACCAUAGAUUCAUUAAGUGGAUGCAAAAUGGAAAGAAAGCAAGCAGAUCCUGAAAACACAUCCUCAAAAACUGAGUUUGAGAAGACAUCUGGCCAUGGAAAGUCACUUCAGAUAGGUGGACAGAAAAGCUUUACAUCCAAUGAUGUACAAGUGGUUGAGCGGAGUAGUUUUGGAUUCCUUGAGUCAUGUUUUGGUUUUAAAAGUUCAGAGCAAAAAAUUGAGGAUAUUCAACACUUGGAGUAUGCACAAGUAAACCAAGUCGAUGAGACAGAUUUGUCAGUUGGUGAGAAUAUGACACAAAUCCCUGAGAGAGAUCCAUUUAAUCACAUUGAACCACCAGUUCUUUUAAAAAUUGCUGUUGAAUCUAACAACAGUGUUCAGAUUGAUGAGGAAAUCAAUGGACCAAAAGAUCCACCAGUACUCAGCGCUUGCCAAACACCCACAACCUCCUUAAGUCUUGGACAGCAAAGUUUCUUUGCUGAAAAUGGCAUCAAUGAAAGAAGAGUUCCUUUGUCAUCUUUCAAGACACAAAUGAGAAAACUGCAGCCUGUUGUUAUCCUUAAGACAACUGAGCAGAGAAUAUCUGAUGCAAAAAAGUACCAUUGUUUUAAAUGCAAAGAGUCCAAACAAAGUUCUGAUGAGCUCAUUGAGCACUACCACUCCACUCAUUCUUUGCAUGACUUUCAGUAUUGUCCCACUUGCGAAUGUUAUUUCCCUGAUGGCACAUUGGCUGGACAACAUAUCUGUGGCAAAGUCAUGCUAAAUGAUCAGUUAAAGUCCUUACCAUACACCAAAGGGCUAACUGAGGUGAAAGGAAAGUUCAUAUGUAGGUACUGUAGGAAGUCCUUUGUUCGUCAACCUUUUUACAAAGAACACGAGUUGAGGCACAUAGUUGUUACACAACAUAGAUGUAAAUGUUGUGGAUUAUACUUUCCUACUGCUCAAAAAUGUCAAAGUCACAAACAUAAAGCACAAUGCCAGCCCUUGAUACUAGAACCUUCUAUAAAGACUGCAGAGCAUGCAGAAUCAACCCUCAAAAAGCCAGACAUACCAAACUUUGUGUUUGAAACGGACCGCUCCAAUACAGGACUCGGUCAUUGUUAUGUCAAACUUGUGGAUGUAUGCAAUAGACACCAGUCACCUGCACAAAUAUAUUGUCAAGUUUGUGGGAAAAAUUUCAGACUCCGAGCACAAUUGAAAUCACACCAAAGAUCGCACUCUGAUGAGAAGCCGUUUAAGUGUGAGAUUUGUGACCGAGCAUUCAAAUAUUCAUGGAAUCUUAACAAGCAUAAACGAGAUCAGUGUUCUAAAAACAUUGUCCCACCUGACAAAUCUUCAGUUCCAGAGAGCAGACUUCAAGAAAACUUCCAAUGCCCCAUCUGUAAACGUGCAUUUAAAUACUCCUACAAUCGGACACGGCAUUUGCGUGAACAGUGUCUCAAAGAAUACACACGAAAAGGCAAAGGAAAGAUUGGCGAAAACAAGUAUCGAUGCCCUUUGUGUAAAGAUGUCUUUACCUUGGCCUGUAACCGCAAGCGACAUAUCUGGAACACUUGUGUUACUCUUAAGAUGUAUACAUCAAAAGGGCACUUUAAAGGAAGAAAUAAGAUCAAAGAAACCAUCAAAUCCAGCAAUGAGGGCAAAGAGUUACCACUGACCAUGCCAAUACAAAAUCAGUCGCAUUACAAAUGCACUUUUUGUCUAUCUGUUUAUACUAGCAAAUCUGGAUUCUACAGGCAUCUAGCAAAGCAUAAAUUACUUGCAAAAAACAAAAAGGAAAUCAAAUACAAGCAUGCUAACACUGUUGACUUGAAAAACUCUAGCUUUGCCAGUCAAAGUCCAACUAACAAGGAGGCUACUGAUGAGGAUGUAAGCCUUCCUUUUUCUUGUCGCUUCUGUGGAAGAGCCUUCACGUCAUCUCACUCAUUCAAAAAGCACGUACAAAACCAUAAAGGAAACAAACCAUUUCGCUGUUUAGACUGUGGUAAAAAUUUUGCCAUACAUGGACACUUAAUGGCUCACAAAAAUGUGCACAAGCGGAAAAUACAGUGUUCAGACUGUGGGAAAGUUCUGCCAUCAAUUGGAGAUUUGUUAAAACACAGACUGUCCCAUCCAAAUAAAAAAGGCUUGCUCAAGUGCCCUGAUUGCCCAAUGCAGUUCAGAUUUCCUGUAUUCCUUCUUCGACAUGUGGUUGUUCAUGAGAGAAAACGCUCACUGGAACAGGCUAAAACUCAAAAGGUAGAAGAAAUUCCCAAAGAGGAGUUCAAAUGUGCUGUCUGCCAAAAAGCCUUUGAUGAUUCAAAGGCACUUAGCGAGCAUUGUUUAACUCAUAUGCCAGCACCUUCAACAUCCAAUUGUCAGUUCUGCAAACGUAAUUUCUCUAGUCGUGCUGUGCUGAUUCGCCACAUCCGCCUUCACACUGGUGAAAAGCCUUUUCCAUGUCUGAGGUGUGGAAUGCACUUCCACAGACAAGAGGCCCUUAAAUUGCAUCAGGAGAAAUGCACAGGUGUACAGAACAAACCCUAUAAAUGCUCACACUGCCCACAAUCAUUUCGUUUUCCCAGCAAUUUGGAUUUCCAUGAAAGAGCCCACUUAGCAAAAACACUUUUCCCUUGUCCAAAGUGUGGGAAGUUUUACACGAAAAGAAAAAUUAAAGAACAUGAAAGUAUAUGCAAUAAUGAAGAAUUAAGAACUGCUUGCAGUAAAUGUGGGAAAUACUUUAGCAAAACAAAAUACAGAACUGCUCAUGAAAAACAGUGCCAGGGCAAGAUAUCAAAUGAAACCGGAACAAAUGGUAAAGACAGAUUCAAGCAGCAAUGUCCACAAUGUUUUAAAUGCUUUAGAUCUAAAAGCUUUCUCCUGAGACAUCUUUCUGUUCAUUCCAAGGAAAAAUCAUAUGCAUGUAUGCAUUGUGGACAGAAAUAUGAUGGUCAGAAGCAAUACUUGCAGCAUGAGGCUUUUUGUAAUGGUAUGUCCAAGGAACGUGGAUUGGAAAGUUUGAGUGGAACUGAAAAAACUAAAUCUAUGCAUACUGCAGGAAAAAAGCAGAAAGAGAUCAAGAUAGUUUCAGGAGAAAAUUGUGGGGAAUUUAAGUGCAAAUUUUGCACCAAAUCAUUUUCCAGGCCCAGAUAUCUAAGACGGCACAUCCUUACUCAUACAGAUGUCAAGCCAUAUCGUUGCAAGACCUGUGAAAGUUGUUUCUCACGCUAUGAUCAUUUGAAACUGCACCAAACCCGCUGCAGAGGAAAGCGACGACUGGAGGUGCGAGUUGUCAAGAUGAGUCUAGACAGCUUGGCCACAGGCUGCCAAAGCAAAGAGCUGCAAGAAAAUGAGACACUGCAAUGCAAAAUUUGCUCCAAGCAGUUGUCCACCCAGAGUGAUUUGAAGCGUCAUAUGGCAAUGCUGCACAUUACUGACAAACCUUUUCCUUGCAAACGAUGUGGUAAAACUUACAGUACUGUAAAGACUUUGAGGAGACACAACCUCACGAUCAAAUGUAAGAGGGUUUUAAAGGAAACUGAGCAGUCUGCCAAGAACAAUGUUCCAAAUCAACCAUGCAGAGAAACAUCAAAACUUCUGCAACGUAUACAGGUACACUACAUGAAUAAAUUUAAAUACCAAUGUGAAUAUUGUCCCCGCCGAUUUAAGAUGCCCGGACAGCUGAAGGUGCAUCUACGUCUUCAUACUGGGGAAAAACCAUAUGGUUGUGCCAGCUGUGGAGAGCGUUUCAUCAGAAAAGACUACUUGAAACGGCACUUGAUUAAAUGUGGUGGAAAGGGCAAAAGACAAGAAAAAGUCCUUUGUGAUAAGUGUGGUGGCCUGUUUCUCCAUGAUACACUGUUGGUACACCAAAAGACCUGUGUCAUCAGCUCAAAAUCAUCUGAAUCCUCUGAAGUGGUUAAGAAUCCCAAGAGCCCAUGCAAGGUAAAAGGUUUUUCCUGUGCAAACUGUAGCGAGCGCUUUUUAUUGUUCUCACAGCUCCAACAGCAUUUCUUAUCAAAGCACAGAUCUGCUCAACCACAAGAGCAAUUAGUAUCAAGUCACUCGCAAAUCAUAAAGCAAGAGCCACUUGAUGAGGAUUCUGGACAGAACCAACCAUGCAGCAGUCAGAAACCUGAGAGAGAAAACUUACGUGAGAAAUCAUAUAGAGGCCCUGACAAACCUCUUGAAUGCCCUCAGUGCCACAUGCGAUUUGUGAAUCCCUCUGGGCUGGGUAGACACAUGCGCAUUCAUAGUGAAGUCUACCCAUUUUCCUGUAAAAAAUGCCAUGGUGGUUUUUGGAGCAAAAAGAGCAUGGAAAAACACAAGAAAAAAUGUAGAGGUCACACAGUCAUCAAAAGUAAUGACUCUACCCUGGAAAAUACAGGUGAAUUAGAUUGCAAUCAAAAUGACACAGUGCUUGUGUUUAAUAAGGGUUCCAACACAACAGGAACCGGUGUACUGCAGACCAAGUUCUCAUGUAAAGAUCAAGAGACAGAAAGUUGUUCUGACAAGGGAGAUGCAGCUGUUCACAAAUAUCAGUGUUCUGAGUGUGAUCAGAGUUUUACAGAUGGACUUAGACUUAUAAGCCAUUUGGAGGAACAUGGUCGUGAGGAUCAAGAGCAUAGAUCAGCUGAUGUUCACCGAUGCCAUGUGUGCAGUAAAGUUUUUGGGCAGGCUGGUUUAUUGCAAAGGCAUGUUAACAUCCAACAUAAGAUAAAAACAACAAAUACCUGUCCAAUAUGUUUCAAGAGUUUUCGAUUUCCUUCUGAUGUUGACAUCCAUAGAUCUUGUCAUGACCCCAAUCGCCCCUUUGUCUGUAACACAUGCGAGUUCAGGUAUUGGACUGCUAAAUCUCUGAGCAUUCACCAAAGGAUGGCUCAUCCUUUGCGACAGCUGCCCAAUUCAAAAGAACCUAGUGUGAAAGCAGGACCUGAGGUCCCUGAAGUAUAUAGGUGUCAUCCAUGUGACAAAACAUAUACUUUAAAAUCAUCAUAUGCAAAGCACUGCAGACUAAAACAUGGACCGGGUUCUGUCACAAACCCUAUUGAUAAUGAAUCCAAAAAAUCUUCUGUAAUUCAAGAGUCAUAUAAGGAGGAAUCCAUCGGAGAUUUUGAAGAUGGAGAUGACAGUGACAAUGACUCCGAUUCAGCGCCGUACUUUCCUUGCCAUGUUUGCGGAAAAACAUUUUUAACAUCAGAAAGUCUCGAGGAUCAUCAAAGAUGCCACCUUGGCGAAAAACCUUUUGAGUGUGAGGAAUGUGGGAAGUGCUUCUUUCAGUUGGCAAACCUGCAACAACAUCAGCGAAGCCACAAAUCUGAGUUUCAGUGUCAAAUGUGUGGUAAAGGGUUUGUCUCACUCUUUGCCCUGCGUAAGCACAAGCUAAGACAUGUCAGAAAACGUCCUCACCGCUGCACAAAGUGUCACCUGAGCUUCACAAGCUCAUCGGAUCUAGCUGAGCACAUGGUUAUGCACCGUGAUGAAAAUUUUCCAUGUGACCUUUGUGAUAAAACCUUUUCCUGCAAAACAAGUCGCGCAGAGCAUCGCAAUAUACACACGGAGCAAGAAGAAGAGCUUCCUCCUCUAAUUCCACCUGAACGGCCAAAAACAAAGCAAAUUACUCCAGGUGUGUCCAGUAGAAGCCUUUCAUCGAGUAAUGUUGAGCAGUACAAGUAUUGUUGUGGAAUUUGUCAAGUGAGAUUUUCAGAUCCAGAGCAGCUUUCAGAACAUGGUUGCAAUCCAGCAAAAGAGCGACCAUACUCAUGUCCAGAAUGUAACAAACAUUUUUUACAUGGUUCUCACCUAAAAAAGCACCAGCUCAGCCAUCAGUUGUCAGGACCACGUUCUUAUCAGUGUAAUCAUUGCAGCAUGAGUUUUAGCCACCACCAUCUUUAUCUCAAUCAUUUACGAAGUCAUGGGAAUGAAGAGACUUCUGUUGGCCCAAAUGUUUCCACUAGUGACGAGAAGAUCCAUACAGAAAAUGCAAAACAUGAAAAAAUUUACCAAUGUCCAAUUUGUCCUGACAGUUUUGAACAAGCUAUGGAGCUAGCAAAUCACCUAUCUGUUCAUUCUCAUAAGUGCAGUGUUUGUAAUAUGACUUUCCCAUCAAAGAAAGAACUUGAGGAACAUGAAAAAUGCCAUUUGACUGCCGCAACACAGUAUGAAUGCACUGAAUGUGGUAACAGCUUUCUUGGCAGUGAUGCUUUCCGUAAACACAACUGUAGUAAUCGAAAAAUGACAUUGUCGCACAAGCACCCUUCAGUGCCAUCUGCCUCUCGUCCCCUCGUUCACUUUGAAGUUAGUAAUGAGGAAGAGGAAGAGGUUGAUGUUGGAGAAGACUUCAUUAAUUGCCCCAUCUGUCAAAAACGGUUCUCCUCCAAUAGUAAUUUAGCAGACCACCAUAAAAAGCAUCAUGAAGAUCCUCGUCCUUUCAAAUGCUUGGUUUGUAAGAAAGGGUUUAAAAAAAAGAAGUACCUCACAAAGCACCAGCAGAUACACAGCGAACGGCCUUACAAGUGUAAUGUGUGCUCAGAAUCCUUUAAAACAGAACCAGCUCUCUUAUCUCACAGUAAAACACAUGACACAAAAAGGCAACACCAUUGCUCAAUAUGCAACAGAUCCUACCUUACGCCAUAUGAUCUUUCAAAACAUGAACGGAAACAUGCUGAAAAAAGUUUGAGGGAGGCCCAUGGAGAUUUCCGAUGUGAUAUGUGCUAUAAAUCCUUCACCAUGCCUUCACAGCUGCAACAGCAUCAAGAAACACAUGUAGGACAAGUUGUCUAUGAAUGCACAGAGUGUGACAAAGCCUUUGCUUUUCUAAGUCUCUUGGAGGAGCAUCAGCACCAAAGUCAUGCUGAUUCUGAAUCUCUCCAGUCCCAAUCACCAACCCAAUUUUCCUAUCAAAGCCCAGUGACUGAAUAAAGGACAAAUUAUUGAUGAAUCUGUUUCCUGCAAUGCAGUUUAUUCAAACUCAUUCAGUUUUCUGAACGUUAUUUGUUAACCGAUCAAAUGUAAAUACAAUUCAUUGUUCUUUUUUUACGUGUCUUAAUUGCUUUUAUCCGCUUUGAAAUGACGUUGGUAUUUUACCCUAGUUCUGAAUCAGCUUGUAAAUGUUUAAACGGUCUGUUCUCCUCUACAGUUCUGUGAAAUGCUUAUUAAAUGGUAUCUUUGUACAGUACGUAGACUGAAUUGUGUAUACUGCAUUGAUGCAAUCUAGUUGAUGUUUGGAAUUUUAGGUAUAUUUGUAUGAAUGUAAUAGCUUAAGAGACAUUUAAAGAUGUUCCGCAGUAUGGUUCACAAGGAUGUAUAGCUGAAAAUCCUGUAGAAUUCCUUUGUUACAGUGAUGUUUGGCAUUUUUACAUGUACCUACCUUUUGUCUUUAAAACAUCCUUAGAAUUAAGAGGAAUUGACUGAUUAAUGUUAAUGUUUUGUAGUAAUAAUUAGCAAUGUUUACUUUUUUCUUAGCCAUUUGCAAACAUUCAAUGUCAUUUCACAUUAGUUAUGAGAUGAAUGCCCUCCUGAGUUAAAUUUAUAUUUUAUAUGUAUGCCGAUUUAUGUUUUAAUUGAUAAGAAUCUCGUCUAAAUGGCUUUGCUAAAAUUCGUUUUUUUUUUUUUUUAAACAAGCUUUUCAUAAUUACAUUGUAUAAAUUACAGUUAACAUUGUAGCCUAUCAGUACUACCUACAAAUAGUGCUCAAAUAAUACAUAUGGCUAUGAAAACCUUAUGUGAAGUCAUACUUUAGUAUUAUAUGGCAAUGUUGAGCAUUUCUUCAUGCAAAUAAAUACUUUGCAGUUAUUAAAGUAAGUUUUUUAAAUGUUGAUUGAUUUUGUGAAAAGAAAUGACUUAUUU